AGAACACACAUCUCAUCUCGAAAACAACAUAUCACCACGCUGACAUUGGCCGCGAAUCGUCCUCCCGUUUAAUUUUGAGCGGUUGCAGGCGUGCUCUAUACCUGCAAACACUGCGAUCAUACAGCCAAAUGUCAUGGGGCCUCGGUUUUCGAGCACCGCGAAGCCUACUGCUGCGGGUGAGGCUGACCCUUCGCCGUGGCAUGUGGGACCUGGUCAGAACAAUCACACUUUUUCGAGCUCCGCAGUGGAAGAGGUUACUCCGGUUCUUUGCCCCAAUAGCGCCAAAGCGCUAAGCGCUGACGCUCCAGGAGGAAAGCGACGUCACAGAUUUAGUGAGGUGAUCAUGCCAGGGGAGCUUGAAGCACGCGAAGCCAAGGUAGCUGUAGCAAAAGUCCGCAGCAAGCCGCCUUCGAAAUCACCUCCGGAAUCUUUGUCGAUGAUGGACAACAUCCAGUUCACUGUUUGAUUGCAGAGGGUCGACUUGCCUGAAAGGCAUCAGCAGAAUUUCUGACGAAGAAUGUAGGGAAAAACAUUCAGCGCAGCAUGCUUGCAAAAUAGAUGAAGCGAUUGCUUGCAUUCUGAGCACUGUUGGAAUGGGGAGCGUUAGGAGGGCGGAAGAGGCAAAAGUUCCCAGGGUCUUUUGGAGGUGUUGAAUGUCGAGCAAUUGGGUUUGCCUCGAAGCUGUGCUCUCGUGAUAAUUCUCAGCCAUUAGGCCAUUAGUAUUGUCGUGUCAGGCUGUCUUUGGAG